AUGGCCCAGCAACCCACAGCAAUGCCAGUUAUGGGGUGGGGACAGCCGUCUCACUUAGGGGCCCCCGCACAGAUGGUGCCCAUAGGAUUGGGUAUGGUAGGGGGCCAGCCUCCUCAUCCUGGUGUAGGCCAGGAUCCAUUAAGAACAUAUGGAAACCAGCUGUUCCCAAUUCAGGCUUCCAGCCAGCCAACAUUACACCAGAACAGCAGUCCAGGACUAGCAGGCGCCAUCACAGCUACAUCCACUAGCCAGGAAACAAAUGGACCCGCUGCCCACCACCAUUUCAUUGAACAGCUUUCUAACAGACGUGAAACGCUUUUAAAACAAGCAAAAGCUCCCAGUACUUUGGCUACGUAUGCACAGGUAAAUCAACAUAUACAGGCAUUUGAAAAAAGAUCUGGGCUAUCAGUUUUCCCAAGUGAUGCCAUUGUUACCUCACUCUUUGUGACUUAUUUAGCAGAAUUUCUAGCACCUAGCACAAUACGCACAAUGCUCUCAGCAUUAGCAUACAAGUACCAGUUUACCAACUGGCUUGACCCGACGAAACAUUUUCUGGUCUUAGAAACGCUACGAGGUCACCACAGACGCAAUGGUACGGAAGACACAAGACUUCCCAUCACACUCAACCUUCUUAGUCAGCUUUAUCACAUGUCUGCUCAAGUUUUUUGCCAUCCAUACGAUGCCUGCCUUUAUCAGACAAUCAUGCUGGUCGCCUUUUAUGGGCUGAUGCGCAUCAGCGAACUAGUGCUAACACCCGCCAAACAUGCCUUACAAAUUUUUGAUGUCAUGCUGUAUUCAGACAGAGCAACUUUAACCCUACGCUCAUACAAACACAGUAAGCCACAUGUGGAGGCAAAGAUCACACUAUGGAGACAACAGUACCUACUCUGCCCGGUUCGACAAUUGGAACUAUAUCUUCUAAAGAGGCCUCAACUCAGUACAGGCCAGCUAUUUGUGACUGCACGUGGUUUUCCUGUCACGAGACAUCAGUUUACUUGUGCCCUCAGGCAAUUGUUUACAGCAAUACAAUUAAAUGACACGCGUUACAAAAGUCACUCCUUCCGCAUUGGGGGUGCCACAUUGGCGGCAUCACUUGGUCUGCCCAGUGACCUUAUAAGACAGCUAGGCCGUUGGAAAUCUAAUGCCUUCAUGAAGUAUAUCAGAUACUGA